UUUAAGUUUAGGAGAGGAUGUGACUGCAAGGCCAGGAAGCUACAGGAAAGUUCUGAUUAAAACAAACAAAAGCCAGGUCCUCACGGUGCCUGGCAAUGCAUCUGAGCCGCUUCACACUGGGCCUGGGGCCCGGCUGAGCAGUUUGCUCCCAAGCACACAUCAGUGACCUCAGUGACCAACAUCCCCCCCAGGAGGAGAGAGCCAGAACCAGCCUCUGACCCACCCUGGCGCUCUGACUGACCCAGCACGAGAACAGAGAGCAAGUCCUGCCCAGCCGUCAGUCUCGCGGCUGAGGAGUCCGUGGAGCGUGGGGUGGCACUGCGCCCGGCCUGCCUGAGGAGGCCCUGGACAGACCAUGGCAGGUGUCUGCGACAGGGCCCCCGACUUCCUCUCUCCUUCUGGGAGCCAGGUCCUGAGGCCUGCCCUGGGCAGUGUGGUCACUCUGAAUUGCACAGCCCAGGUGGUCUCUGGGCCCCACUGUCCCCUGCCCUCAGUCCAGUGGCUAAAAGACGGGCUGCCCCUGGGCAAUGGAAGCCAUUAUGACAUCCGUGAGGAUACCUGGGUCAAGGCCAACUUGUCAGAGAUGCUCGUGUCCAGUGUCCUGGGAGUCAACCUGACCAGCGCUGAGAACUAUGGGGCCUUCGCCUGCUCCGUCUGGAAUGCCAGUUCCUCCUCCUUCACUCUUUGGAUUGCUGGCCCAGCGGGCCACUUGGCAGCGGUGCUGGCCUCACUCCUGGUCCUGCUGAUCUUGCUUCUGGUGGCGCUGCUCUAUGUGAAGUGUCGACUCAAUGUGCUGCUCUGGUACCAAGACACGCACGGGGAGGUGGAGAUGAACGACGGGAAGCUCUACGACGCCUACGUCUCCUACAGCGACAGCCCCGAAGAUCGGAAGUUCGUUAACUUCAUCCUGAAGCCGCAGCUGGAGCGGCGUCGGGGCUACAAGCUCUUCCUCGACGACCGCGACCUCUUGCCGCGUGCAGAGCCCUCCGCAGACCUCCUGGUAAACUUGAGCCGCUGCCGUCGCCUCAUCGUGGUGCUGUCAGAAGCCUUCUUGGGCCGGGCCUGGUGCAGCCACAGCUUUCGGGAGGGCCUGUGCCGGCUGCUGGAACUCACGCGGAGACCCAUCUUCAUCACCUUCGAGGCCCAGCGGCGCGACCCCGUGCACCCCGCGCUGCACCUGCUGCAUCAGCACCGCCACCUGGUGACCCUGCUGCGCUGGAGGCCCGGCUCCGUGACACCUUCGUCCAAUUUUUGGAAAGAGCUGCAGCUGGCGCUGCCGCGGAAGGUGCAGUACAGAGCGAUGGAGGGAGACCCUCAGACCCGGCUGCAGGAUGACAAGGAUCCCAUGCUGAUUGUACGAGGCCGCAUCCCGGAAGGCGGGACCCUGGACCCGGAGCUGGACCCCGACCCCCAAGGGGACCUGGGUGUCCGAGGGCCUGUCCUUGGGGAGCCAUCGGCUCCAGUGCAUGCAAGCGGGGUGUCGCUGGGCGAGGGCCGGGGUAGCGAGGUGGACGUCUCAGACCUCGGCUCCCGCAACUACAGUGCCCGCACGGACUUCUACUGCCUGGUGUCUGAGGAUGACAUGUAGCCCCCCCCUCCGCAGGAACCACAGGGUGCCCGUGACAGCUGGGAGUGGGGCCUUGUGCCCUCCCUGCCUGCAUGUGGCCCUGUGACCCUUUGGGAAGGGGAGUGGCCCUAAUGCCCCUCCUUGUGCCAGAAAAUAAAGUCUUUUUAGAUCCCUCCUA